CACAAACUCUGUAUGGAGUGCCACUCAACUCAAAUGGGCUUCAAUUAGUUUAGAACUUUGUUUUGUUAUGUGAAAAAUUGAAAAGAAGAAAAUGAUCCAAUGUCCCAAUCCCCAUACUUCUUCUAUGCACCCUCGUCAUCCUCUUCUCCUCUACAGACGAACAGCAUCCUCGGUGGCGGCGCUCAGGAUGCUAUCUUCUUCCACCGCCUCACCAAACCCUAAUCCCUCAAUUGCCGCCAUUGUUGGCACCUCCAUGACCAAACCCACUUCAGAAAUACCAUCAAAACAUCCUCUUUCUGGAGAUUCUUUGGAUGCCCGUUUCAGUUAUCGGGGUCUCGUGCAAGCCAAUAGCUUGGGCACCGCCAGCAAGCCGAUUACGAUCGGCCAAUAUGCCCCCGAUGCUGAAACUGUAGAGCCCCUGCUGGUGGUUGUUUCGUUUUACAAGUUCGCUGAUUUUCCGGACCAUGCUGAGUUGCGGAAGCCAUUGAAGGAACUCUGUGAACAGCUGCGUGUUUCAGGUGGCAUCAUUCUUGCACCGGAAGGAAUCAAUGGGAGCAUAUGUGGGACCCGUGAUUCAGUAGAAGAAGUACUCUCCUUUAUCCAGUCGGACGAAAGGUUAAAGGGCCUCAGGCGUAUAGAGACGCCAGUGAGUCCAGAGGAAGAAGCUAUCCACCUUGGGCAUACGAGCAGCACGCCGCUUGCUGCUGGAGAAGAUGCUCCCUUUCGGUGGGACCAUGUGAGAGUCAAGCUGAAAAAAGAGGUAGAUUUAUUAUAUGGAGAAAUGGUUUGGAAUAUGAGUAGAAGCUGCAGCUUUUUGGAACGUGGUUUGCAGAUAGUGACUCUUGGGAUGCCGUCUGUGUCGCCAAUUGAAAGAGUUGGGACGUAUGUAAGCCCCAAGGAGUGGAAUGAAUUGAUCAGUGAUCCGGACACUGUGGUGAUCGACGUUCGCAAUGAUUAUGAGACUAGAAUAGGAAAGUUUAAGCGAGCGGUUGAUCCUUGUACAACUGCUUUUCGUGAUUUCCCAUCAUGGGUAGACAAGAGAUUCAAAUUAAAUGAAUCAGGUAAUGACAAGGUCAAGCCAGCUGGUUCCGCUCAAAUCACAGGACAACAAGUUGAGGAAACGGAAAAGAAGAUGCCCCGGAUCGCAAUGUACUGUACUGGUGGAAUUCGGUGUGAGAAAGCAUCGAGCUUUCUCCUAAGCAAAGGUUUCAAAGAGGUUUAUCAUCUGCAAGGUGGAAUCUUGAAAUAUCUAGAAGAAGUUCCAAAGACAGAAAGCCUUUGGGAGGGAGAGUGCUUUGUGUUUGAUAAACGGGUCUCAGUUGAGCACGGGCUCGUGCAGGGGACUCACAAGCUGUGUUAUGGGUGCAAGAAACCCGUGAGUGAUGCUGACAUGGAGUCUCCAGAAUGGGAGUACGCAGUUUCUUGCCCAUAUUGCUACUCAUCUAAAUCAGAGGAGGAGAAAGAGAGAGCAAGAGCUAGACAAAGGCAGUUUGAGACGUGCGGUAUUAUUGGUGGGCCGGAUAAAGGCCGUAAGCCGAAUAAAACAGGGGGAAAAAACGAAAAAAGUUGAUAAGCAGAUGUCGAAUUCGAUUUGAGAUUAGUUUGGCGCUU